AUGACAUUGACUUUACGACAGGAGCAAGCACCAGGAGUAUUUCAAGAAGCAAUCAAACCUUACGUUGAUGAGUUGCACAAAGUAAAGGCACUAGUCGAAGGAAAGAAAUCAAUUGGAAAAUUUAAAGAAGAAGCCGAAGCAGCUAAGGAAAUCAACAAGGACAUUGCAAAAUAUCUUAAAGGUAUUUAUUUCAUUGAUGAUCCACCACAAGUUCAUCCAGGAGCAAAAGCACCACCAGUUGAUGAAAAGUUUAUUAUUCAUGGAACUAAAGAUCCAAUAAAAUUAAACAAGCUUUUAAAAAUUCCAAGAUACUUUCACAUUUCAAAAGUUCCGUACAAAUUAUGGGGACAAGCUGCCACCUUCUAA